AGGAAACCCCCAUCAUUAUUUGUCUUAAUCCGAAAAAAUAUCCCCACUUUAACAGUAAGCCGCUAUUAAGAAUGCAUGUAUGCAUGGUAAUAGCCUCAAAACCUGGUAACUCGAACAGAAACGUGCCGACAAGCCCACCGGACCAGUCGGGCAGCUUCGCGAACAAUCGGCAGUGCUCGAUUUCUCUCGAGCAUUCUACCACCUUCCGUUCAUCGCACUAUCUCUGCCAACGACUCAUGCCGCUGUGGCAACGGAAUUUUAACCUUAUCGCUGAGUAGCAAGAAUUGUUUUGCUCGCAUUAAGUUAUCAAUUUGCGAAAAUAAAACCUAGUUUACACAAUGCAGUAUAAACGUCGUAUUCGCUCGCCCUAUCUAGAUCUUUCUCUUACAUCACAUGGAAGGAUUAUCGUACACGUACAUUGUGUAGGCAAUGAUGGCCACCCACAGAGGAGUAUAGACGAUUAUGGUCUCGGCACAAUCGUGCAUGCCUGUACUCGCCCACUGUGGGCCAUUCCGGCCAUCCCCAUCACCAAUAAUCAAUAAUAUUAAGUCGCGCGGCAGACGUCGAGUAGUAAAGUUUAGGGUGUCUGUUAAUUUGUGUUUACGCGACGGAAAUGGUUGGAUGGACGAAUACAGAAACGUUUCAAUUCAUUGAAAUGUACCAAAACGAGCCAUGCGUUUGGAAUCCCAAACAUAAGCAUUACAAGGAUAAAAUAAGGGUUUAUGAUGCAUGGCUUCGCAUUGCAAAUGCUAUGGGAGUAUCUGACGUGGUUGAGAUAAAAAAGAAAAAGGAAACUCUCUUGUCGGCUUUUCGAUUAAACCACAAGAAAGUCAUUGCAUCUCGAAAAUCUGGCAAAGAGGUUUUCAAGCCUAUAUGGGUUUUUUAUGAUGCUUUGGCGGCUUUUCUGACAGAUGUGUACGAGCGGAAGUCCACACUUACUUCAGAACAUAUUGAACCUAAUGACAAUAGCGAAGGCGAGGUGGAUUCAACAAGAAAGGCUUUGCACAAACAACCCAAUAGAUUCAUCAACGAUAUUCCUAAAAAGUCUUCUAGACCUGUACGAAAAUAUUCUUCAGAACUUCCAGAAAAUCGCAAACAUUUAGAUACUCCUAUUAGCAAGUUAAGUAAAAUACGAAGUAAUGAUGAGAGAACUAAUACUGACACCACUCUUGGACAAAUGGACGAAUUUCAAAUAUAUGGGUUGUAUGUUGCUAACCAGUUGAAGUCGCUUUCUGAGAAGCAAAGCCUUAUAGCCAGAGAAAAAAUCCAGUCGAUAUUAACUCAAUGCAGAUUGCAAGAUUUAAGGAAGAGAAAAACACUAUCUAGUAAAAACGCAACUAGCUUUCACUCAGAGGAUGAAAUAGAAAACGUUCAGAUUGUUUUGAGUGAAGAGAGUGAUAAAUACAAAAGUAAAAUUUCAUCUUCAAAUCUAAAUUCUGAAAUUCAUUUAGACUCUGAUACUGAUAUACUAGAAGAUAACUUUAUAAUGCAUGUUGAAGAUGUAAAGGGCGAAGGGAGCGGCGACCAAGACUCUGACAGCGAUGAAUAAACAAGUAACAAAGCAGAUAAUGAAAUUCGAUUUCCGUUUUUCGCGGUAGCUAGUUAUCUUCUUCCGUGGAUGUUAAAAGCUAACCAACUUAGUCAGUUGAAAAAGGCGCGAAAUUCAAAAUGAGUAUGGGAAAUCGAUCAUUUGCGCCUACAUUUGUCAAAUCUGCCACCUUCUCUACUGACAACGCUGGCUUGCCAGAGUAUACGUGCAGAUAUAUCUGUCGGACAAAAUUAAUAAUGUAUGGCGGGAGUUUAACACGAAUGUGUCCGCGGACGUUAAGCAUUGACGAAUUUGUCUUUCUGAUUGGAUUUGAUUUGUCGUUAUUUGCCUGUAUCACUCUUCAAUAUACGUAGAAUAGAGAAGUACAUAACAAAAUUUCGUUUUUAGCGGUAGGCCCACUGAGAUUCGAGAGACCUACCUGUUGGCCCCAGAACACAAUAGCCCAUGAUGGUCCACGACAAGCCAUCGCCAUUGGGUACAGGGGGCAAUGACAUGCAAUGGCGGACGAUUGGCCAUCGUGAGUCGUGACGUGUGCGCCAUUUCUUUUUUAUAACUUUGUAAGCGGUAUACACAUAAAUAGCCGCGGCCGCAAUUAUUUUCACGUUUAACCUCCUUAGACCCAGAAGCAAUUGUUUUGUUUUUGAUUUUGGAAUCCUUAGUUACACAAUAAAAGUUCAAAAUAGAUUUUGGAAUAAAUACAAAAAAUUGUACUCAGGGUCUUAGGAGGCUAUCACAAAUAUCUCACCAGGCAGCAUUGAGCUAUGCAUCAUUAUGUGAGCACGUACUGUAACAGGUUUAGUCCAUUUUAGAGACUAUGUAGAAAGUAUAUGUAGUUUUUCAGGGCUCGUAGGUUCGACGCUAUACAUAUAUUGUCACAAUACACGUUUGUGAGAUUUCUAAAGAAAUACACUUAAUCUAUGUAACAUUUGAUAGCGUACAUAGAAAAGGUAAAGCUACUAAAGCUAGGAUGAGAUGAGAGAAAACUAUUGUUUGACCUAGAAAUACAAAUGUGUAUAACUCAUUAAAGGAAAAUAAGUAAGCAGUACGAAGAGGUAAUACAAAGGUAACCUUAUACUACUAUUAUUAAGUUUCUAUACUUAACACACACAAAAUGGUAACGGACUGGUAGCGCAGUCUCAAUUAAAGUUUAUUCUGUUCCAUACACUAGAUAUGCACUUGAAGUUUAUAAAGAGGCCACUAUUGCACUGUGAAGUUAGUUAAAGUAUUAAGAGUAACCAAGAUUAGAUUAGAUCACACCUGUGUCGCGUGUCUGAAGCAGAAGACAGUGAAACACGUGGCGUUGAAAGGAAGCAGCCACAACCACAAGUCGCGGUGACACGCGUCGAAACCGUCGAAGCGCAUCCAGAUGGCUGACCUCCGGUCACGCCAAGGUCGCGAUGAGCACCAUGAGCCACGGGCCCUGGGUCACAGCAGCGUGCAACAUUGACACGUGCCCGAAGAAAGAGUAGACGCACCCAGGGAACCCAAGCACCGGCAUUAGAGCUUAGGAAAGAAUUGUCAUAAGAAACCCAUCAUCAUAAAAAAAAAUCGGAGUAAGGCACAAGUCAGAUCUUGACUAUGCAUAUGGCAUUUCAUCCCUAUUUUCUACAGAAAUAAAUUAGACAAUAACGAAAAUACUCUCCAGGACUCACGGGAACAUAACAAAUGCCACGUGCCCCUGAUAAGUUGCAUGUUAGCAAAAAUCAAAAGAAGAACUACAUUUCCCACAUGAAAUCACACCUCUGUUAAGAAUGUGUUUGCAUUGUUUUAAGGGAAUGCCUUCCCGGAGUGAUUUGACUCAAAGAUCCAACGCUGAUGAUCUUCACAUCGCUGCCUGUUUCCCGAGUAACGUGUCGCGUUCCAGCAAUAGCCUUUUUGCCAUUUUAUUUUUCAUACUCUACAUCUAUGGUCCGAAGGUUGACACAGGAACGAAAGCAAUAAUCUGCCCACAGUGCAAGCGACGUCCUAAACAAUAUUUAGAAAUGGACACUUUAAGAGGCAUGUAUGGUGUGACAAGAAUGGAUAGGAUAAGGAAUGAGUAUAUAAGAGGAAGCCUGAAAGUUGCACCCAUAAUAGAUAAAGUAAGAGCGAAUCGCCUAGCGUGGUAUGGGCAUGUGAUGCGGAGGGAUGAAAGUCAUGUGACGAGAAAGGUAUUACGAAUGAAUGUGGAGGGAUGGAACGGGAGAGGAAAACCUAGGAAAAGGUGGAUGGAUUGUGUGAGAGAUGACAUGAAACGAACGCGAGUGAAUGAUGAGAUGACGGGUGACAGAUAUGGAAGAAAAAGACAUGCUGCGCCGACCCCAAAUGAAUGGGAUAAGGGCAAGCGAAUGAUGAUGGACACUUUAAGAGGCUAAUUAUAUUUAAAGUUAUCAUUAUAGAAGAAUUAAACUCAAUCAUUUAAUCCCCCGAAGAAAUAUUCAAAACUAAGUAAUAACCAUACUGCAUCUUAGGAUUACAUCCGACCUCCCCUGAUUGAGUACUCCUCGAUUCUAACAGAUGGCGCGAUAAGCAAUCGUGCACGUAAGAGCUAUUUCCCAAUACCGCCAACAGAUGUCGUUGAUAGUGUCAAAACGGGAUUAAAAUAUUCACACAUAGUUGCGUUUUGAAACGUAACAGUAUGUGAUGAUGGCCUACAGUUGCGCUUUGCCAAGCAUAGUCCAUUACUGGCCACUAUGUUCUGGGUGGGGCCUUCAGGUAUGUAGUAGUAUUUACGGUUC